AUGAAGAUAAUCUUUCAGGCGAAACUACUGAUAGUCGGCAGCCUCAUCGCAUAUGCGAAAGCAGGAGGAGUUGCCGACUCGAGCUGCAAUGUUGGAAAGCAGGCGUCUUUGGAUGCAGAAAUCGGCACAACGACGGCCAAUGACGACGACUACGGCGAGCCGACAAACGCCACAAGCAGUGCUCGAGUUCUCUAUCAAGCCCCAACACCUGCUCGUAAGCUGGAUUCCGUGGGAGGCGAGAUGGGCGUGGCUCAAACCAUUGAUGUCAACCGAGAACAAGAAAUCUAUGAAAAAAUUGCGGAAGCGCGAUACUACAUGGUCAAUGAAGUCAAUAUCGAGCCCGAGUAUGACGCUGUUAGAGAUAUCUGCAAGAACAAACACGAGUCUUGCGCCUUCUGGGCCAUGCUUGGGGAGUGUGAAAAGAAUCCAAAUUAUAUGAAGCUCAAUUGUGCGCCAAUUUGCCAAACCUGUGACUUUCUGUCUAUUGAAACACGUUGUCCAUUGGAUCCCAAUGCUGUUGAUGCGUUGUAUCCAGGAGACAUUACAAAGAUGUUCAACCGCAUCUUGACAGAUCCAUCUAUUCAACAGUACCAGCCAACGAUUGUAUCUCGUCCGGAAUAUGCAGAAGGAGACACCGCGGAAACAGCCAACUAUAUUCUUGGGCCCUGGAUGGUAGUGUUCGAGAAUGCCUUGACUGAUGAAGAAGCCGAUCGAAUGAUUGAGCUUGGUGGCAACGAGGGGUAUCAAAGAAGUGCCGAUGUCGGUCGAAAACUGGAAGAUGGCACAUAUGACAAGAAGAUUUACGCUGGCCGCACAAGCACAAAUGCGUGGUGCCAGAAUGACUGCUAUGAAGAUCCCAUUGCAAAGCGCUUGAUGCAGCGUGUGGAGGACAUCACGGGCGUUCCUGAACCAAAUAGCGAGUGGCUACAGCUCUUGCGCUACGAACAGAACCAGCACUACAAUCGCCACCACGAUCUGAUCGAGUAUCAAAAGGAAAGACAAUGCGGAGUCCGCAUUUUCACACUCUACUUCUACCUGAACGAUGUCGAGGAAGGAGGAGGUACGGAGUUCCCAGCGCUAAACCUCACGGUGACGCCAAAGCGUGGACGCGCUGCUCUGUGGCCUUCCGUGUACGAUCACGACCCCAACCUGAAAGAUCCCAGAACCGAGCACGCUGCAUUGCCCGUCACCAAGGGAGUCAAGUAUGGCGCCAACGCAUGGCUUCACCAACGAGACUUCAAGAACCCUCAUAGGGAGGGCUGCAACUAA